AUGUCUCAAAGUACUCCCUCAAAGCAAUCGUCUCCCUCCUCUGAAAAAGCAUCGGAGUCUAGGGCACCAAAUGUGGUGACUGAUCAAGAUGUUGUAUUGAAUGUCGCACCAUUGAACACUGUUCCUCCUUCCGAUUCUGCUCGCAGUCAACCAAGAAAGAUGCAUGCAAGAAAAUCAACCGGAGGAUCUGUUCCAGAAACUUUUUCUGUCCAGGGUAGAGAGGGCUCGUCCUAUGUUCAUAAUGCGAUUGCAAAUAUUGUCACCAGAAUCUUGAAUGAAGGGCACAAGGUUGAAGGAAUAUCUGUUCCUCUAGCCCAAAUGCCUGCUUCCGAUGAUGAUCAAGGUGAGCAAGAUGAUGCCAGCAAAGAUCAGGAUAAUGUUGAGACAUCUGUUGAUAAAAAUGAUGAGACCCCUGUUGCUAAAGAUGUUGUGACAUCUAAAGAUGAAAACCCUAAUGUGCAUGAUGUGGUGGACCUAGAUGAUCUUGAUGAUCCUAUUGAUAUUGCUGAUGAUGACCUCAUCUCCAGCAUCUCCAACAGGGUCAAGGCUCGUAAGGGAAAACAAGUUGGUGAGCAACAUUCUCUCAAGCCACAGGUUACUCCUCUGAAGACUGUUACUAAAGAAAAGAUGAAGAAAGUUCCCACUGGACCCUCAAAGUCUGGAAGCAGAUCUGCUGAUAGUGGUGAUGAUCAUGCUACUGGUAGUGAUGGUGAGAAGAUGGAUGCUGAUAGUGAGGAUGAAUAUAAGGCUGAGGAUGAUGAGGAUGCUGAUGCCCAGACUAGUAGCUCCAGUGAUGUGGAGAUGAGUGAGGAGGAUGAUGAAGAUACUGCUGGCUCUGAAGAUUAA